AUGACGUGGUCGGUUAUUCACUUCUUUAAAGAUAAUGGAGUAGAGGUAGUACCUAGCACAUGGUUUAAAGAUGAUACCUGUGCUUGGCCUAAGACCCAUGUGAAACAAUCGUUUCUUGUUGCUCGAACGAAAUGCAAAAAAGAAUUGAUCACUUCGGAUUUAUCAUCUACUGAAGAUGACAAUUAUUCUAAAAUAAAAAAUACAAAUAAUGGAAAAAAAUCAAAAUCUGGUAAUAAUUGCAGGAAUGACAAAAAAACGGGAUAUGGCGCUGACAAAUCAGACAUUGAAACUGAUAGCGAUGACAAUAAUUAUGAAUUACCAGCUUAUGAUUCUGCUUGUGUUUAUGAUAUGCUCAUUACUCCAUCAAAAAAUAUACGAACAUUCGUCAAAUCACCAUCAAAAACUCCAGUUUUUGAAUCUAUUGAUGAUAAUUUCUGCAUGGUGAAAAAUGUGUCACCUUAUAGAAGAAAUAAACAUUUUGUACUUUCUCCUAAUAAUUUGGCAAGAGCAGAAAAAAACAAAAAAAGAAAUUUAUCUGAAUCUCCUAGAAAAGUAUAUCCAUCUCCUGAAACUUUUCAAUCACCUCUUUCACAAGAAAUAUCUCCUACUACUGUUCAGAAGUAUUUACCAUUAAAAACAUAUGCACAAGCAUCUGCGGCGAGAUCUGCGGUAUCCAAGCAAUUAUUUAGACCAGAUAACUUAAGCCAACUGUUGACUACUUUAUUAGAAAAUAAACAAAAAACGCCUCCAAAACCAAAUAAAUAAAAAAAUUCUUCAGAAGAUCAAUUUAAGGAACUCAUUUUAUACAAUCUUUUAGUAUUGAAACACAGCAUUAGAAACAUCAAUGAAAAAUUGACAUUGGUUGUCGAAAGGCAGAUUUCACACAAUUAUAAUGUUGAAGAAUCUAAUGAUCUUACAUUAGAAUAUUCUAAUUUGGACUGCUUAUUACCAAUUGAUGAAGAAGAUACAUUAGACAAUAUAGAAGAACAGAUAAGAAAUACCAUGCAUCAUUGACUAAACAGUUAGCUGGACUUGGCGGAAAAAGUAUCAAAGUCAUGGUCAAAAGAAUCAUGGGAUAUUUGUUCACUGACAACAUCUUAGCCUUAUAUUCUUUUAAUGGCAGAGCAAAUAAAAAAAAAAAUGUUUUGCAAAUCUAUCAAUUUCAAAAGUUAUAUUCAAUGCUGUUAAAUCAAUUAAACGAUUGAAUAAUGAAUCAUCGACCGAUGAAAUUGAAAAAUACAUUAAGUAUUAUCUCAUUCAAGCACCAUUCAACAUAAAAAAAAAAAAAGAAAUGUUUCAUUAAAUAUGAUUAUCAUUUAAUUUUGUAAUUAUUAUGUACAAUAUAAUAUAGCUAGGCUAGGUUUGCCUUGUAGUUAUAUCAUAUUUCAACUAUAUAUAUACUAUUAUUAUAUUGUUAUAGGGCCUA